AUGAUAGAAAGCGAUCUCCCGUCCAUAAUGUCAGGAGUCCUUAGGAAUUCAGGGCAAAAUCACCACCCUGCACAGGAGUACAGGCUCUUAGCUUCUGACCCCUCCCAGCUGAGCGAAGAUGACCUCCCCAGUGACUUGCAGUCCUUGUCGUGGCUGACAUCUGUUGAUGUUCCUCGUUUACAACAGAUGGCCAGUGGAAGAAUGGAUUUUAGCCUUGGCGCUCAGAAUGCAUUGCUACAACAGACAGGUCCUGUGGCAAGCAAUAUGCACUCCUCAGGAGCACCUGGCGCAAUGAUUCAUGUCCAGGCCAGCCUGCCACAGGGAAUCCUGGGUUUGAAUUCAAUUUCAACACAUGGAACAAAUAUGAGCCAGUACCCUGUAGGUGGGCAGCCAUCUCCUGGUUUACAGACACAGCAACAACUCUUCCCUCCUCCUCAUUCACAGCAAGUGUUUGCUAUAGCCCAGAACACACCACAGUGCAACCCAGCAGCAAUCUACAACACGUCCUAUGGGACUCAGACACACUAUUCUCAGCCACGCCUGGCUCCUCACUCUGCCCAGGAACUUCAUCCAAAACAUUACCCCAAACCCAUCUAUUCAUAUAGUUGCUUGAUUGCAAUGGCGCUGAAGAACAGCAAAACAGGCAGCCUCCCCGUGAGCGAGAUCUACAGCUUCAUGAAGGAGCACUUUCCCUACUUCAAGACAGCCCCCGAUGGCUGGAAGAAUUCUGUGCGCCACAACCUGUCCCUGAAUAAGUGUUUUGAGAAGGUGGAGAACAAGAUGAGCGGCACCUCUCGCAAAGGGUGCCUGUGGGCUCUCAAUCCUGCCAAGAUUGACAAGAUGGAAGAGGAGAUGCAGAAGUGGAAGCGGAAGGACUUAGCUGCCAUUCACAGGAGCAUGGCUAACCCAGAGGAGCUGGACAAGCUGAUCACUGACAGACCGGAGAACUGCAGGCGGCCCGGUAAACAGGCAGAGGCUGAGGUCUCCACCCUGACCCACAUGGCAGCAGCCCAAGGCCGGAUCUCCAUCUCCCAGCUGCAGCCCCAGCCCAUCAUGACGCUCUCGCUGCAGUCCAUCCCCCUGCAUCACCAGAUCCAGACCCAGGCUCGCAUCGCCCCGGACUCGCCGGCACCUGCCCAAACGCCUCCUCUCCAUGCUCUGCCCGACAUGAGCCCCAGCCCCCUUCCCCACCACCCCAUGGGCCGCGCACCUCCCGACUUCCUGACCAUGAGCACGGACAUGAACACGGAGGUGGACGCCCUGGACCCAAGCAUUAUGGAUUUUGCAUUGCAAGGUAACAUAUGGGAGGAAAUGAAAGACGACAGCUUCAGCCUUGAUACCCUGGGUGCCUUCAGCAACUCCCCGCUGCACCUCUCAGACUGUGACCUAGGCACUCCCGGCCUCACCCCGGCCUCCAGCGGCAGCGACCACUCCUUCUCAGACUUGCAGGUCACGGGCCUUUACACCACCUACACGGCCCUGGACAACGUGGCGGCGGCAGCUCAGUACAUGAACCCCCAAGGCAACAAGCCCAUCGCUCUGCUCUAAGUUUUGCACCAUUCCACGGCCCUCUAACUCAGGGGCCAGUUUCUCCCAACCCUGAAAAUCUGACCCGAAAGCAAUAAAACAGCUCCUCCUACAGACGCUUGGAAAGCGUUGGCUACUUACUGGCAGCAUGUGAUGCCAAAAUAACUCAAACUGUUGGCAGUGGAGCUCCUUUCAGCCAUGCCAGGAGCGCGGAAGGGGCAUGGACGGUUGUGUUGCAGGACUGGGGAGCUCUUAAGGACUUGGAGGGAAUCAGUCAGUAGGAACUUUUACUAGAAUGCAGCUGAGCUAAAGACAAGCCCGGUUAAGGAAAAUGCAUCUACCCGAUACUGUGAUCUGGACGUGGACGUUGACGAUGUCACACACACGGCAGCCAGCGCAAGCCAACGAUCUGGUCAGCACCAAGGUGAAGCCCAGAAGAGUUGAUCUCGUACCACGUUCAUCUUU